UUUCUCUUUAGGCAACCCACUCCUCCACCCCGGAACCCCUCUCCCGGGACCCCACUUCCGGUGUUCACUGCUAAGUCCCGCCCCUGAGACCCCCUCUCCGGAAGUCCCACCUCCCAACUUCAGGGGGCUCCCUGAACCCCAGUUUUUAAAUUUAUUGUCUCCGACCCCUCCCUGUAGCCCAGUUUUCCUGGAAGUCCCACCCCCAGACAUGCUUCCAUCUCUACAAGAAACGCUUCGUUAGUCCUCCCAGUUCUUCCAAACUCCGCCUCCUCGCGACGAUUCUCCGCUAACUCCUGUCUGUCAAAGAUCCUAUCUCCCAAAAGGGCAAAGCUCUGCUCUUCAAAGAACGAUUCGAAUUCACUUAAGCCACGCCUCCCUAGAGGCCCCGCCCCGUAGAAGCCCCGCCCCUUCCGCAAUCCACGUCCGAUUGUCCCGGAGCCUCAUCUGCUGGAAGUCUGCUGCGCAUCCUAGAGGGCCACGCCCCCUAAGGAACUCGAUCCUGGUGGCACCCAAGUCAUCACCCCAGUUUCCUCAGUCUCAGAAGCUCCACCUGUUUACGUUUCCUGUCCUUUCUUGGGGCCUUGGGCUCAGUUUUCCCGAGGACUUUCCCGUCCACUAGGUGGGAGCUCUGAGGAGUGAGAGAUUAGAGGCAGCCUUACCCUCCCCCAAGGGUGGGCCUGGGCUUGGGGUUUGGCCCGAGGACGGGACGGAGGCUUGCUCGUAGUUUCCCAGCCCACCACAGAAAUAGCUGUAGGUUGUAGCUGUGGCUAGACAGGGCCGUGGAUUUGCUGAUGUGUGGCUUGAGGACGUGACAGGAGAGAGAACUUUGUACUACCAGAAAACGGUACUUUGCAAUGGGGUUAUGGAUUCGUAUCCUGGUUUUUUUUUUUUUUUUUUUUUUCUUUUAAGAGACUCCUCAGCCUCUACGUUUGGCUCCAUCCCUCCCCGCCCCCAGCCAGAAUUCUUGUCCGGGCAUUCCUCCUGGCUCCACUGGUCCUGCCUUCCCUGCUGGAAACAUUCCUCAGGCUUUCGCCAUUUCCUGCCCCUUCCCGCUCCUCCCGCCUCCUCCCUGCUGGGCUCCCCCCUCCAACACCCAAUCACCUGGACUUCCAGGAGGCUCUCACUUCUCCCUAUGCAAAUUUAGAGACAGACUCCCUCGUUUUGAAAUGCUCACACCUGUUGGUCAUCCUCUGCCUGCCCAUACUGCAGGCUUCCAGAGAGUGCUGACCCUAAGGAUGAGGCUGUGUGUGUGUGUGUGUGUGUGGCUGUGGAAGAAACCUUUCCUGCUCUUGGCCUGGGGUCUUGGGAAAUAGAGUGACAGAUUCUCCUGCCAUGAGGACGAAGGGGAGGUGAAAGCGUACCUAGCACAUUUUAAGUGCUAGAAUUGGUCAUCGUUAUAGAUUUCUUUUAAUCUUCUGACUUAGAGCUAAGGGUAAUUCUGAGGUGAGCCUGGGGGAAGAGGUAUCUACUUUUUGUGUUUUGGUCAUUUUCCAACUUCCUCCAAGGUUUCCUCAAGCAGAGCUGUGGCAGGAAGCCGCGGAGGUUUGGGACUGUUCUCCCCACACGGUUCACUGCCACACGUUUGCCUGCCUCCUGACCUCCAUCGCUUGGUGACUCCUCCCCCGGUGUGAGGGGCACUGCUGGAGGAGGGCUGGGAGGAUACCUGGUGGGCCCAGGGGCUGCCCUGUCCUCCUCACCCUUGCCAGCGUGCAGAACAGCGCUUGGCCACUGGCCACUGGCCGCUUGGUGUGGUGGGUGCCAGGAGAGAGAAGGAGGCUUGACCCACACGUCCUCUGGCUGCAGCUCUAGCCUGCUGGCUCCUUGGUGGCCCCCUGGGGUUGGGCUUUUAUUUCCCUGACUUCCCAAGCUUUGCCCUUCCUCUGGGUCCCACUGUGCACCCACUGGGACCACUUCCUUCCUUUUCCCAUUUCCCUAGUUCCAUUCCGCAGCUGCUCUGGAAGAGGAUGCUAAUGGCCUAGGCUCCCUGGGGCCGUCACCCCACCUUACGUGGCAGUGGUGAGGGGUGGCCUGGGCUGGACGAUGGAGGAAUUUGCGUGUUCAACCAGGACAGGAAGGGAAAUGCUGAGCUCUGGGAUCUCCUCCCUUUUCCACCCCCAGCUGCCUCUGUUUCCUCCCUCAUUCCCCCUCCCCUCCCCUGACUUCCUGCCCAUGUCCGGUUUGGAUUGAUCCAGACCGCUCUUAUCUCAAUCCUCUCCUUCCUCCUCCAUCCUUUCCUCCAAACUCCCACUUCUCCCCCAGAUCACUAGUUGUUUGUUGAGGGUAGGGGAGAGGGGCAGGAUAGCUCUGCCCCUGCCUGAGUUCUGGGCUGGGGCGUCGGCAUUGGGGGCUCAGCCCCUCUGAGCCUGUGAGUCAGCACUGUCCUCAGGAUUGGUCUCUCUCCUUAGCUCCCCGCCCCUGGGGAGGAGCCAGGCAGCUCUGGGUCCAGCCUGUUCUCUUCUCAGCCAGAGAAGAGGCUCCACGCUGGGCGGGGAUGGGGCCCGAAACUGUCUGGGUCUGAGCUGGGGGAGCGGAAGCCACUUGCCCCUCUCCCUCCCCAGGACACCUGCCCCUCCUGGGCCACAGAGGCCCAGCAGGCUCGGGGCCUGGGGAUGCCCCCUGCCUGGCCCCCUUGCCCCAGCUGGCAGGGGGGCCGGGCCGGGCAGCAGCCCUGCUCUCGCCCCAGCCAUGGAUCUCUUGCCCCCCAAGCCCAAGUACAACCCACUUCGGAAUGAGUCUCUGUCGUCGCUGGAAGAGGGGGCUUCAGGGUCCACCCCUCCGGAGGAGCUGCCUUCCCCUUCAGCCUCGUCCCUGGGGCCAAUCCUGCCCCCUCUGCCCGGGGACGACAGUCCCACCACCCUGUGCUCCUUCUUCCCCCGGAUGAGCAACCUGAAGCUGGCCAACCCGGCUGGGGGCCGCCUGGGGCCUAAGGGGGAGCCAGGAAGGGCAGCCGAGGUUGGGGAGGGGAUCACAGGGGCAGCCAUGCCGGACUCAGGCCCCCUGCCCCUCCUCCAGGACAUGAACAAGCUGAGUGGAGGCGGCGGGCGCAGGACUCGGGUGGAAGGGGGCCAGCUGGGGGGCGAGGAGUGGACCCGCCACGGGAGCUUUGUCAAUAAGCCCACGCGGGGCUGGCUGCAUCCCAACGACAAAGUCAUGGGACCCGGGGUUUCCUACUUGGUUCGGUACAUGGGCUGUGUGGAGGUCCUGCAGUCAAUGCGUGCCCUCGACUUCAACACCCGGACGCAGGUCACCAGGGAGGCCAUCAGUCUGGUGUGUGAGGCUGUGCCGGGUGCUAAGGGAGCCACACGGAGGAGAAAGCCCUGUGGCCGCCCGCUCAGCUCUAUCCUGGGGAGGAGUAACCUGAAAUUUGCUGGAAUGCCAAUCACUCUCACCGUCUCCACCAGCAGCCUCAACCUCAUGGCCGCAGACUGUAAACAGAUCAUUGCCAACCACCACAUGCAAUCUAUCUCAUUUGCGUCCGGCGGAGAUCCGGACACAGCCGAGUAUGUUGCCUACGUUGCCAAAGACCCCGUGAAUCAGAGAGCCUGCCACAUCCUGGAGUGUCCCGAAGGGCUUGCCCAGGAUGUCAUCAGCACCAUUGGCCAGGCCUUCGAGUUACGCUUCAAACAAUACCUCAGGAACCCGCCCAAGCUGGUCACCCCCCAUGACAGAAUGGCCGGCUUUGAUGGAUCAGCUUGGGAUGAGGAGGAGGAAGAGCUACCUGACCAUCAGUACUAUAAUGACUUCCCGGGGAAGGAACCCCCUCUGGGGGGCGUGGUGGACAUGAGGCUCCGGGAAGGAGCCGCCCCAGGGACUGUUCGACCUGCUCCACCCAGUGCCCAGACCCCCAGCCACUUGGGAGCUACACUGCCCGUAGGGCAGCCUGUGGGAGGGGACCCAGAAGUCCGCAAACAGAUGCCACCUCAACCACCUGGCCCAGCAGGCAGAGAGCUCUUUGAUGACCCCUCCUACGUCAACGUCCAAAACCUAGACAAGGCCCGGCAGGCAGGGGGAGGGGCUGGGCCCCCCAACGCGACCACCAAUGGCAGCGCACCCCGGGACCUCUUUGACAUGAAGCCCUUUGAAGAUGCGCUUCGGGUACCUGCACCUCCCCAGUCGGUGUCCAUGGCUGAGCAGCUCCAAAGGGAGCCCUGGUUCCAUGGGAAGCUGAGCCGGCGGGAGGCUGAGGCGCUGCUGCAGCUCAACGGGGACUUCCUGGUGCGGGAGAGCACGACCACACCUGGCCAAUACGUGCUCACCGGCCUGCAGAGUGGGCAGCCCAAGCACCUGCUCCUGGUGGACCCCGAGGGUGUGGUUCGGACAAAGGAUCACCGCUUUGAGAGUGUCAGUCACCUCAUCAGCUACCACAUGGACAAUCACUUGCCCAUCAUCUCUGCGGGCAGCGAACUGUGUCUCCAGCAACCUGUGGAGCGGAAACUGUGAUCCGUCCCCGAGCUCUCACAGAAGACGCCUCUUCCUCCCCUUCCACCCUGUUCCCUACUCUCAGGACUUCACCCAGCGAGUGUUCUGUGGGCUUGGCCUUGUGUCAGAGCUGGGAGGAGGGUGGACACUGGGUUUUGCAUUCAGCUGAGGGAGAGGGUUUGAGUCAGGAGCCUGGGGUAGACUCCUGCUUCUCCCCAAACCUCACCAAAGUAUUAAUGUACAGAGUGGCCCCCCAUACCUGUGCCAACCUGACACCCCCUUCCCCAGGAAGAUGGGCACUCGAGAUGGAAACGUCCCCUGGUGAUAGGCCCGGUGGAGCAGUCACCCUUCUGGGGAAGGGAGAACAAACCACACCUCGGGUCUACCCCGGGCUUCAGGGAGUCACAGACCACUCUCAGCCUUCCCCCCAGCGUUUAACUUUGUGCCUUUGACCAUCUCCUAGGUCUGACGAUAUUUAAUGCAAAGAGUUUUCGGGCCCCUGAGUUAAGGACAGGGGUGCUGACACCGUCUUGGCUCCCGGGACCCUGUCCUCCUUGCUCAGCAGCCUCUCCAGUUUGGGUUGGGAGAACAGAAGCAGUAGCGGCAGCUGUCCCCUCUCCCUGGGGAGGUGCAACCCUUAGAGAUUGCCCCAGAGCCCCCCUCCCGGCCGGGGGGAGAUGGACCCCUUCCCUUGCUCAGUGCCUCCUGGCCGGGACCCCUCUCCCCAAGGGGUCUGUAUAUACAUUUCAUACGCCCCGCCCCUCCCAUGUUGCAUGCAUGUUAUACUCUACAGCCAAAGUGUAGCUCUUCCUCCUGUAUCCCGGCUCUGCCUCUCCCUUCCCAGGGUGUGAACUGGAGCCUCCUGUACAGUUCACUCUCCCAGGAGGGUUCUGUGGAGGCGGGAACAAGGGCACUGAGACUCUAAAGCAUUAGACAAUCCCAAAUGCCAUCUGUCGAUUUGGAACCGCGCUCAUUUUCACUUUGUAUGCACAUAUUUUAUGGCUGUAGGUUUACUUUCCUAAUUUCGUUCUCCAUGGCUUGUUCUUGAACACAAAAUGAUGAUCGACUACAUCCACACAUCACCUCUUUGACUUUUCCAAGCCCUCUUACCACUAUUGGCAUUUUCCUCACUGGGCCUGCAGAGGAACUCGGACUGGCAGCAUUAUUAGUGUUAUUAUUUUUACAAAAGAGACCAGAGGCAGAAACGGAUUUUGAGCUAGGACUAGAACUUGGACCUCUUACCGCAGGCUCGGAGGCAGGCGUUUGGCUGGCUGUGUCGAUUUCAUGAAGGGGGAACUUAAAGCCCACAGGUCCCCCAGUACCUUCUACACGUGGGGCCCUGUGCUAGGCCCACUGCAGCCACAACCACAGAAGAGGCCAGUCCUGCUCUUUAGGCCUUGUGGGGAAGGGAAAGCUGACAAUUUUAACCCUAGCCACCUCCUCCUUUCGUGUGUUUGGAUGUUUUCACGGGUCUCACUUAUACCAAAGGGAAAUAAUCUUCAUUAAAGUCCGUAUUUCUUCUA